AUGUACACCGACGCACACUUCCAACACCACCACUUUGCGCGCGCACACUACGCGCUCUACCUCGACUGGAACCACGACCGCUUCCCUGCCCCGGACCAGCCGGCCGCGCAGCCUGCGCGCCCGGACUCCGCCCUCCGCAUCAACCCGUUUUGGGACUACUUCCAGGAUGACGACGACUGGGACCUGUUCCACUCCCUGCAGGUUGACUGCAACGGGCAGCUGACAGCGGCCCCGCCGCUGGCGGCAACUGCGACCCCGUUGGGGUCGCUGUUUGCAGCCCGCCGCGCGAAACCGCCAGCAUGGCGAGACUUGGGGACCGACGAGCUCCGGUGA